CGAGAGCAUCGUUCAUCCAGCAGAUCAACAGCCAUACAGUAAACCUCAGCUGUGACCACGUGCUCGCGUUCAGCCGUUAAACAGCAGUGACGUAGGCGCGAAAUUGAAUUUUAAGUCGUUAGUUUUGUCACAAGACUCAUAACUGCGCAGUUUGCUCAUCUGCUAUGCUAGUAGCAUGGGAACUCUGGAAGCUUCUCUCCAGCCUGAAGACGACUGUAGAGGGGCUGCUGUCCACCAACAACCCUAACGUGUGGUCCCGCUACGGGGGUCUCCAGCGCCUGCACAAGGACAUGAACAACGUUCUGGGCCACGGCCUCAGACACGAGCAGACUUACUAUAAACAGAAAGACUACUGGCGUUUCGUGUGGUGUGUGCGGUAUCUCUGUCCUCAUCUGGCCCGUCACGUGGAGCAGUUCAGUCAGCUGGAGCCGGUGUUGAGCAGCGGUGUUCAGAGCGUCGGAGAGGGUUAUAAAGCUGAGCGUUGGCUUCUACACAGCCUGCAAGCUCACAUCUUAUCUGCCCAGCUCAAAUCGCUGCUGCAGCAUAAGACAAACACACAGAAAUAUUACAAUGACGGGGCCUUCCUGUUGAGUGAAGCACACGUGUGUGCCAUGUUUCAGUGUCUGGAGGCCGUCGAGCAGAACAACCCUCGGCUGCUGGCUCUCAUAGACACCGGCAGGCUUUCACGUGUGAAAGAGUCUCCGUUUGGUUUGCUGAAGAGUCAGAGUUUGUGUGUGCUGCCCGGGGCCACAGGAAGCUGGAGGCCUGCGGACAGUUCGCAGUCAAGCCGGCUCACCACGUCCCAGAUCUGCCUUACAGAGAGUCCCACCGCCCCACAGUCCAAGAGCAGCUCAGAUGACUCUCCGUUCAUCAGUACUCAGGGAGCUCCAUGGGAGUGUGGCAGAAGACACCAGGACGCAGGAGUCCACCAGAUCUCCUUCACUGAGCCCGCCUCUCCCGCUCCGCCCGAGAUCCGGGAUUGUGUGGAAGCGGAUCUGGAUGACGGCCCGGAGUACCUGGCUAUCGGUAAUCUGGGGAAGCACAAGCGGCGUGACUCGUCCAGCUCCACUCAGAGCAGUGAGCACAUGGGGACCCAGGGCGACGCCCACACUCCUUUGGCUCCGCCCCCACAGCGCAGCUGCUCCUUCUCAGAGGCUCAGAGGACCACAGGGCGGAGCUCGAGGGGCCACAUCCGCUCUCUCUCCGACACCGGCGUCACACAGAAGCUGAAAAAUGAAUCUGUCGCGGCUACACCAAUUUCAAAGAGCUGUGGUCCUUUCUCACCCCAGAGCAGCGACAGCAGCACCAACAGUUCAGUUUAUAUGGAGUCGAACGACAGCCAGUACAACAGCGUCCCAGACGGAUUGUUUCGCAGACCGUCCGAGGGCCAGAGUCUGAUCAGCUACCUCUCCGAGCAGGACUUUGGCAGCUGUGCAGAUCUGGAGAAGGAAAACGCCCACUUCAGCAUCUCAGAGUCUCUGAUCGCGGCCAUCGAGCUGAUGAAGUGUAACAUGCGCAGACCAGAGGAGGCGGAGGACGAGGGCGACAGCGACACGGAAAUCCAGCAGCUCAAACAGAAAAUCCGUCUGCGCAGACUGCAGAUACGCCACACGCGGAUGAAGCCACUGGCCUCCUCUAGUAAUCAAAUCCCAUCUGUGGAUAGUGGUGGCUCACAGAGGAGCUCCCAGGAUUCCUUUCACCCCUCUGACUCUGGCUCGGAUAGAGACGUGGAGGAUAUCGAGCUCAAAGAUGGCAGUGAUGGUCAGUCCCUGCUGGCGGUGUCUCAGAGCGGCCUGUCCCUGUCACUCGCCUCCCUCUUCUCAGAUGCAGACAUCAAACGCAGUGUGUCCAGCAGCAGAUCCUUCCUCCGCUCAGACUCCAUCUCUCCAUCCAUGUUACAGUCCAACUCGGCAGAGUCAGUGGCGAUGGGUCUCCUCAGACAGUUUGAGGGCAUGCAGCUGCCCGCUGCCUCAGAGCUUGACUGGCUGGUUCCAGAGCAUGACGCCCCUCAAAAACUCCUUCCAAUACCAGAUUCUCUUCCCAUUUCACCUGACGAUGGCGAACACGCUGACAUUUACAAAUUGCGCAUCAGAGUUCGAGGAAAUUUGGAGUGGGCUCCUCCUAGACCACAGAUCAUCUUCAACAUUCACUCUCCUCCAAAGAGGAAAGUGGUGGUGGCGAAACAGAACUACCGCUGCGCUGGCUGUGGCAUUCGCGUUGAUCCAGACUACAUCAAGAGGCUGAGGUACUGUGAGUAUCUGGGCCGCUACUUUUGCCAGUGCUGUCAUGAGAACGCACAGUCUGUAGUGCCAGGAAAGAUCCUCAGGAAGUGGGACUUCAGUAAAAGCUACGUCAGCAACUUUUCCAGGGACUUGCUGGCUAAGAUUGCAGGAGAUCCUCUCUUCAACCUAAACGACAUCAACAGCGGCCUUUACAAGAAAGUCAAAGCCCUGGAAACAGUGCGUGCAUUGAGAGAACAGUUGUACCACAUGAAGAAUCUCUUAAAAACGUGCCGUUUGGCUCAAGAGGUGCGGGAUCAGUUUGACACUCUUCCUGGACAUCUGACCGAAGACUUUCACCUGUUCUCUCUCAGUGACCUCACGGCUGUCCGCAGCGGCAGUCUGGCACCAAAGCUGCGUGAUCUGCUCCGCCUCGGCUCCAGACACGUCACGGACUGCGUGCUCUGCCAGGCAAAGGGCUUCAUUUGUGAGUUCUGUGGAAAUGACAAAGACAUUAUCUUCCCCUACGAGCUUGGCAAGUGCCUGCGCUGUGAAGAUUGUCAUGCGUGCUAUCAUAAGACCUGCUUUAAGGGAGGGAAGGAGUGUCCUCGCUGUCUGAGACUCGCUGAGAGGAGAAAGCGGAUGGCUCGCAAGAACAUGGAGGAGCAGGAGGACAGAGAGGAAGACGAAGCCAGCGGGACCUAACACACAAUGCCAGUAAGAUUUAACAAGAGCACAGCACAACAGUGAAUGUAGUGAAUGAUUUUCAGCCAUGUUUCUUGAUUCACGUCCCAAAUAAGCUGCUCUUAAAGUCAUACUGACAGCAGCAUAAUGGAUCAUUAACGCUAAAGACUUUGAUAUGCAAAGAAAAUGUUUCUGCUUUUAACAACUGCUGCCUUCAGAUAUAAGAUAUCCUUUUUUUUUUUACUAUUUGCCAUGUUGUUGUUUGUUUGUUGCCUCCGUCCUUAAAAAUCCAAUUAGUUUUAAUCAACAGACUGUCGGGUCCUGUGUCCUAAACUUUUUUUGUGUAGGGAUUUGUGUGUCUUGUUCUUGUCUGUCUGCUUUUUGUUGGUUAUAUUUAAGCGUUUAACCUGUUGCGUGCCUCUUUAAUGGCUCUUUGUUUGUAUCAAUGAGAGAACUGAACUGGGCAGCUGAGGUCCAGCGGGUUUUGCACAACCUUUGUUUCCCGAGAGGUUUCUAGAAGUGCCAGGUUCCAGCUUACUGUGUUAAUUAUCAAAGCUACUAAAACUAAAGGCCUCAUUCGUCAAAUGCGAGCCAGAAGAAUUUGUUAAUUUGUUUUAAAUAAGUAAAUAAAUAAAUGAAAUUCAGUGCAAAAAUUGACCUCAUUUAAGAAAGCUACAAAUUUCAAAUGUUUUUUUUUUAUGUAUAAAUGUCCGUUAACGAUUGAAUCGUAAAUUGUCAAAUUGAACUGAAUGCACCUGUUUUGUGCAGAAAGUUUGCUUGUUCGUAAAACUGUUUUGGCUUUGCACACGAUUUAGACUGGAAUUUGUUACGGUUAUUCAUUAAACAGUUCAUGCAUAAAUUGUUUUGGUUUUGCAAACAUUUUAACCAGAAAUGUGUUCUGCUCAUUUGUAAAACCAUUUUCGCUGAAGUUACUUUUAAAUUGGUUUUGCUCAUGUUUCACAAAUGAGGCCCAAUAUUGGUCUUUAUUUUUAAAGGCCUUUUUGCUUUAACAUUUUCCACUUAGCAAAAAAAUGGCACAUUGUAUAUUUUUCUGUUCCUUGUUAGACAAAUAAUGUCUUGUUGGUUCUUUAAUUUGCACUAAGUCUGAUAUGUUUGUUCACACAAGAAUUGUAUUAAUGUUUGAGCCAAAACGUCAUUUCAACAUCUCUCAUUCAGUCCAAAAUCUUGAACAGUGACCCAUUCUGGUUCAGUGGAAAAAUACAGUGGUACCAAAGUGUUACUGUAUUAAAAGAGUUUAUUGUAAUAGCCAAUUGUAUUACAUGUAUACAGGACCCAAGUUAGUUUGGGAAAUAUCUUAAUGAAAAUCUAUUCAAAAGCCCAUUUGUUUGCUGCUGUGAUUGUAUAUAUGAAGCAAUAACAACUAUGUGCUGCUCUGCCACAAGCAUUAAAUGACUUGAAUGCACUGACCUUAAGUAUAUCACAUUGAAUGAAUGAACAAACUUGAUUUUGUGUGGUUGCUUAUGAGAUAUAAUAUUAAGUUUAUAACUUUUCCUUUGAUCCUGCUGACAAUGUGUCCACUAGAGCUUAUUGUUGUAAAAUUACUGAAUUGCCUUUUUUAUUCAGGGCUUUUGAUGCACUAUUUGAGAAAAUGUACAUAUAUAAUUUCUUAUCGUUAUGUAAAUAUAUGUAACUGAAUUAAAGAUAUUUAGACUGUC